UUCGAGCGCGCGCGCGUCAAACUUCAUCGCAUCUCAUUUACGUGGUAAAGUGACGAGAGCAGUAAUUAAAAAUGUUUAGCGGAGCGCUCGCUCGCGCCGCGCGGAAACGGUGGGUCGCGUACUCGGAAGGGGACGGACACGAGGCUCGCACACAGAUUUGAGCAUCGUGCCGCCGAGGGUCUACCACGCGCAUGAUUGCCACACAACAUGAAUGUCGGGCAAAAGAGGUCCGAGGCGAAUUCAAGCGGGCGAUAUCGCGAGUCAACGUCGCUGCAAGAUUGCGGCUGCUCGAUUAUCCGGAGCGGUACACUGCUCCACUGCACCGCAGCGAAAGAUUUUCUCGGUAACGGCAGAGUCCGCGGACCUCGUGGCGAUCGCCUUGGGGUUGGGAACCCGCCCAGAGCGCGCACGCGAUAUCCACUACCGGUCGUUUCAGCGACGCUCGUUGCCAGGAUGCCGCCACGGGGAUUCUGGACGAACGGUGAAAGUAUUAAGCGUCCUUUGUGCGAGGAAUGACAUGGUCGCUGUCACGGUGUGUAGCGCGCCGUGGUGCAAUUUGUACCAGUUUGUACGUACGAGCGUUUUUCUCUUUAGUCUACACAUUUUUAAUAACGAGCCACGAAAGAAGCGUUCAGUUAUAUAAUACAAACGCCACGUGUACUCGAAUAAUCCCACGCAUUUGAAUGGAGGUACAAAGUGUAAUUGGAUUCACAUCAGUAAAGACACAUCGAUGAAAUGAGAAACGACGAAUUAUCGUGCUUAUCUAUGAACGCUGGAUAGUCGUCCACGAAUCAUCGCGGGAAAACGCGCGGUUUAUCCUUCGGAGAUGCACUGUCACCUGUUGCACACGCGAUGUACAUGUCUUAUACGCCUUUUUAAAACGUGAUCGAUAGCGAAACGGACGCGUUUUAACAUAAAUUAAUUAUGCAUCGCGACCAAUGCUGCGCCUAAUUGCACGGUACGGUCUGGCGUCGCUCGGUAAACACGAUCACGAAAUCGUUUAUUAUCGAAAUGACACACGCAUUCAGUGCAUUCGUUGCAUAAUACGGCGAUCUUUAAAUAGCACGUAUGUUACAAAUCUCGUUAAGUUGGAUGAAACAUAAGUAACACGCCGCUAAGCUCGGUAAAUCAAGUUAAUCGUCGCGCUCCUAUCCGUGCAAACAUCGCGAGCGUGACUCGGCCGAAGGUGGCAAAGUCGUGAUUCUCCUGAUUUGCAUAAUCAUAUAGCGCAGGUGUUACAUGCACACGGUAUUACGUGCCGAGAUGAUUUUCUAAAUCCUCGAUACGCCGAUACGCGCGCUUGCGAUGAAAUAAAGACAAAGGAUAAAUCUAAACUCGAAGAAGACCGUCCGCGUAAAACUUGCAAUUUUCUUCGUCGAAAAUGUGCGCGCCCUUUCUUUCCAAUUUCUAUAUUUUACUGACCAGGUAACAAUUUCCUCUCUCCCGUAAUACAUAAUGUUUGUUUCUUUGUUUUACAGCUUUUAUUGCUAUUAAAAGUACUGUUCUGUGUGCAAUUAAAUGCAA